UCACCCUGUGUACCUGGGCCGAUCCAUUCCCCGGAGGCACGGGGGGGUGGAGUGGCUCGCAGAGCCACAGUGGGACAAGCAAGUUUCUCCCCGCAAGCUGGACGCGUGCUCUUCAUCCACGAGGUUUCCUCUAGUUAAAAUCCUAGAAUAGGGUAGAGUGGGCUUGGAAUGGAGACAAGGAGCGGAAGCGGGAAGGGGAGGAGCAGGCACCCCUCCCAGUCUUGGUGGGCGCCGCGCCCCCUACCCUCCCGGUACCAGGGAGGGGACGCGCGGGCGCGACGCGCCCAGACGGCAGCGAUGGCGCCUUUGGCCCGCCAGUUCUCCGGGGGACUGGAGUCCUGCCCGCGUGCCCUGAGCUGGGGCGCGGUCGUCUUCGGGUGGCUUUUUCUGAGCACCUUGUGCACAGCCCCCACCAGCGCCAUCCAGGUGACUGUGUCAGACCCCUACCACGUGGUGAGCCUAUUCCAACCCGUGACCCUGCCCUGCACCUACCAGUCGACUGCGACCACCACAGUGCCCAUCGUGAUCUGGAAGUACAAGUCUUUCUGCCGGGACCGCAUCGCUGAUGCCUUCUCUCCUGCCAGUGUUGAUAACCAGCUCAACGCCCAGCUGGCGGCUGGUAACCCAGGCUACAACCCCUACGUGGAGUGCCAGGACAGCGCACGCACCGUCAGGGUUGUGGCCACCAAGCAGGGCAAUGCCGUGACCCUGGGAGACUACUAUCAGGGCCGAAGGAUCACCAUCACAGGAAAUGCUGACCUGACCUUUGACCAGACAGCCUGGGGGGACAGCGGCGUGUACUACUGCUCCGUGGUCUCGGCCCAGGACCUCCAGGGGAACAACGAGGCCUACGCAGAGCUCAUCGUCCUGGGCUUUUAUCACUGCAACGACAAGGAUGGCAAGAAAGUGGUGCAGUAUGAAAUUGACUUCCAAGAUGUCGUCAGCCUACAUAUUACACACAAAGAUUUGGACCAAAAGCCCCUGCAGAAUGAGAGCCUGAGUCUGGGGAGCAAGCAGCUCAUCUUCACCCACUGGGAGCCCUGGCAGGACUGUAACCGCUGUGGGGUGCCAGGGGAACGCAAACGCCUGGGGUACUGCUACAUCCAAGAGUCCCCGGAAAACCCGAUGCCCUGCUGGCUCUAUCUGGGAGAUGUAAAGCUGUGGUCCAGCCGCUUGAGGCCUGAGAUGCAGGUGGAAACCUGCCACAUCCCAUGUACCCUCAUAGAUAUGAAAUAUAUCAUUUUUGACAACUUCCAGCUUAGAAACAAAAUGGGAUCUGCGUCGCUCACCUGCCCCUUAGGAUCUAUCUACAGGUGACGGAAUCGGUACCAG